AGAGUGAAGUCAGAGACAAUCUUGUUUUCUUCUUCUCGAUACAAACAAGGCUCAAGGCUCAUCUCCUUUUAAACUAACAAUUUGCUCUCGCCAAAUUUUAGCGGCGGUUUCUCUGUUUAAGUUUUUUCUGAAAUCUCAUUUCUGUGUUUGAGUUCUUCUGAAAUCUCUCAUUUAGUUACAAUGGCACAGGUGGUAGUAGCAACUAGAUGUGUAGAUGGUUCAUUUUUAUGCCCUAAUUCUUCAUCUGGAUCUAUCCAAAACAAUCCAUUGGAAAAACAACUUAAAAAAAUUGGUACUGGCAGAACAAUCCAUUGGAAUAACCGUGGAGGAAUUCGUGUGAUGGCAGCUAAAAGAAGUUCUAAAUUGGAUACUCAAGUUCUUCCUGUAUCGCCUGAAGAUGCUCCAGUCAAUGCUAGAGAUCAGGAAUUUCAACAGCUUAGGAAUAUGCAGCAGCUUGGGGACACAGCAGUAGGCAUUUGGUCGCAACCAACAGUGAAACGUAAGACAAAGAUUGUCUGCACUAUUGGUCCAUCCACAGAUACCCGAGAAAUGAUAUGGAAGCUAGCUGAGGCCGGUAUGAAUGUUGCUCGCAUGAAUAUGUCUCAUGGAGAUCAUGCCUCACAUCAAAAAGUUAUAGAUUUAGUUAAAGAAUAUAAUGCACAAUCCAAAGACAAUGUCAUUGCGAUCAUGUUAGACACCAAGGGUCCAGAGGUCAGAAGUGGUGACUUACCAAAGCCAAUUACUUUAGCAAGCGGACAAGAAUUUACAUUCACUAUCAAAAGAGGGGUUGGCACUGAAACUUGUGUCAGCGUAAAUUAUGACGAUUUUGUAAAUGAUGUUGAAGUUGGUGAUAUGCUUCUAGUUGAUGGUGGGAUGAUGUCAUUUGUGGUGAAUGCCAAGACAGAAGACUCGGUCAAAUGUGAAGUCGUUGACGGUGGAGAUCUGAAGUCUAGGCGGCAUCUGAAUGUUCGAGGAAAAAGUGCUACGCUACCAUCAAUCACUGACAAAGACUGGGAUGAUAUCAAGUUUGGAGUUGACAACAAAGUAGAUUUUUAUGCGGUUUCCUUUGUGAAAGAUGCAAAAGUGGUCCAUGAAUUGAAGGAUUAUCUAAAAGGCUGUGGUGCAGAUAUACAUGUGAUUGUAAAAAUUGAAAGUGCAGACUCUAUUCCUAAUCUUCAUUCAAUAAUCACUGCAUCUGAUGGGGCUAUGGUAGCUAGAGGAGAUCUUGGGGCUGAGCUCCCAAUUGAAGAGGUUCCAUUAUUGCAGGAAGAGAUUAUUAGGCAGUGCCGUAACCAGGGUAAAGCUGUUAUUGUAGCAACAAAUAUGCUGGAAAGCAUGAUUGUUCAUCCCACACCUACUCGAGCUGAGGUCUCAGACAUUGCGAUUGCAGUUCGUGAGGGAGCUGAUGCAGUUAUGUUGUCUGGAGAAACUGCUCAUGGAAAGUUUCCACUGAAAGCUGUCAAGGUUAUGCAUACUGUUUCUUUAAGGACUGAGGCAACCAUGGUUGGUAGUGAAGCACCUCCUAAUCUUGGACGGGCCUUCAAGAAUCAUAUGAGUGAAAUGUUUGCAUAUCAUGCAACAAUGAUGUCUAACACUCUUGGUACCUCAAUCGUAGUCUUUACCAGGAGUGGUUUUAUGGCUAUUUUAUUGAGCCAUUAUCGACCCUCUGGCACUAUAUUCGCUUUUACAAACGAGGAAAGAGUCAGACAAAGACUGGCUCUUUAUCAGGGGGUAUGUCCCAUAUACAUGAACUUCUCGGAUGAUGCAGAGGAAACCUUUGAGAAUGCUUUAACUUUGUUACAGAAGCAAGGCAUGGUUAAGGAAGGGGAAGAGGUGGCUCUUGUUCAAAGCGGCAAGCAACCAAUUUGGCGGUUCCAAUCAACUCACAACAUCCAGGUCAGGAAAGUUUAGAUUCUGUAUCUAAAAGAAGGGGCACAUCUAAAGCAAAUAAUUGCUUCUACUUGCAAAUAACAAAGCAGCAAGUUUGAUGUGGUGGGCUUUCCUUUCUGGCGUGCAUAGGCUGACAGAUCCUCAAUAGUAGAGUUUUCCUCUGUUACAAUGCUCUCAUCUUUUUUAUGUAGUUAUUUAGUUUUUCCAUGAUUUUAGCUUUUAUUGUCAACUCUGAAUAAUUGUUAGAAGAAUCCAUGUUAUGAUUGAAAUUUGAUAUAAAAGAAAAGAGGCUGUGUAACUUUGUCUAAACAAAAAUUCGCUGAAAUGAUAUAAUCGACUCAUUUAA